AUGGGGCUAGUGACACUUAUUAGUGAGAAUGAGCAGCAUGUGCUGGCAUCCAAUUUGCCAUCAUUUCGGCAACUUCAUAUGCCAAGAGUCGAAUCUUUUUGCCAGCAUACGGUCAUGAAUGAUGACCCACUUCUUGUGCCACAUCCAGAAUCUGACAUCCGGUUUCAAAACCUUCCAGCGAUAGUGGCAUUUAAUUUGAGAUUUUAUAUGGGAUUUCCACUUAAAGACGAGAACAACCAAGUUGUGGGCUCCGUAUGCUGUGCUGACAACACAUCCCAUGAUGUUACGGCGUCGCAAUACUCAGCUAUGAAGAAGCUUGCGGAAACGGCUUCCAAAUUAGUGCAGAUCAAGGGGAAACAGGUUGCAUAA